UGGAAAAACUUGUCGUCUGAGUUGAAUUGGAGCAUUUUAGAUGACAAAGAAUUUUCCCCUGUCCCAAGAUCCAAACGAGAGCGCUACCAUUUUGGCUUGCAACAUGGUAUAGGAUUCCUUUUGAAUAAUACUGCACAUUUAACAAUCCCAACUAAACCAAAUAUUCAGUCAUUUACACUGUGCUACUGGAUAUCUACGAAUGAUUCUACUCCGAAAUUGUUAAAUACUGCUGUCAAGACAAAGGUGUUGGAUAUCCUCGUUUACCGGUCUGUUUGGAGACAUAUGUGUCUAACGUUUCAGCAUGCUGUGUACGUAGUUUACGUGGAUGGAGUUGCAAACAAGACGGUAUAUGCUGAUCAUAGGAGCUUAACAGCUGCAGCGUUUCAUGUUUCGUUCACUUCAUCUGAAACCAUUAACCUGAAAUUAACUGGUCUUAACGUGUGGGACAAGGUUUUCGACGAGCACAGUAUUCUGUCCAUGUCUUACAAUUGCAUGAACUACAGAGGAAACAUGGUUUUCUGGGAAGAUUAUGUUAGAAAUGCAUCACUUUUUAUCAGCUCAAAUACUCCUGUAAUUUACUAUAACAGAACAUCUUGCGUUGGAAAAAAAGGGAAUGUACUUAGCGUUGUGUCUAACGUAAAUACACCGCCCCAAGCAAAAGCAACAAUACUGAGCCCACGAUACCCUUUAUCACCUGCAUUGGUCAAGUCACCUGCAAGAUGUUUAAGAUUUCAAUAUCGGCUGUUGGGCCCUGGGGCUAGAGUACUUAAACUGUAUCAAAUCCUAGAUGACAAAAUGUUCCCAUGGAGACCAAUAUGGACUGAUACAAAUAACAAUUUAAGUAGUUGGAAGGAAGGUCAGGUCACUCUUUCAGCUAUAACUGAAUAUCAGAUUGCCAUAGAGGGACAUGUGUCCAAUGAACCAGGACUGAUAUCAAUAGGGGCAUUGUAUACUACUGAAGAAUACUGUGAUACUUUACCCACAAGAGCAAAUGAAGCAUGUAAUGAAGUCUUUAAAAACAAAUCUGGCGUUAUCAUGUCUCCCUGCUAUCCUAGUUAUUACAGGAAUAACGCAAAGUGCAACUCGACUAUCAUAGCAAACCAAGGCUACGUGAUUCGUCUAGAUAUUUUUGAAUUUGAACUGGAAAUGAGCACACGAUGCGAGGACGACUCGGUUGAUGUGUAUGAUGGCGGUAAACGGAUUGGUCGAUAUUGCGGUAUAAGUUAUCCAGCCUUCAUUCAGUCAACUACAAACCACCUUUCAGUGCUGUUUCGAUCAGACGCGAAGACCAUUCGUACAGGGUUUUUGGCGCGAUACCAAAUCCUGAAAGAUAAUAACACAAACAAAGACUGUUUACAAGACUGCCCAGCUGAAUGUUUAUGCCGAAAGCUAUCAGAUGGCAGAAUCGUCGUCUCGUCAAAAUCUCUUAAUGCAGUUCCUCGUCGACUUCCCCGCAAAACAACUGUUGUCUUGUUUUCUGAGAAUAAAAUUUUCCUGAUAAAGAGCAAGUCCUUCCAGAGUUAUCAGCUACUGGCUUUCAUAGAUCUGAGUUACAACAAGAUAAUUCAGGUCAAUGAAGAAGCGUUCUCUAUACUGCCAUCACUUCAUACUUUGCGACUCAACAUGAAUUUCAUCAAGAAAAUUGGAAAUGAAGUAUGGAGCUCCGUUACUACAUUGCAAAACUUGGAUAUUGGUGACAAUUUGAUAUCUAGCGUUGAAAGGGAGGCAUUUUGGAGUUUCCAAAAUAUAAAGACAUUAAGCCUUCGAGGAAACUUGAUAAAGGAACUCCACGUUGAUGUUUUUCAGAAAAAUACGGAAAUGAAUUUUCUCUAUUUACAUGGUAAUGCCAUUAAAGAGAUUCCUGACGGCCUUUUCAGUAACCUAAGUCAGCUAAGAGUGUUGUAUCUGCAUAACAACAAGCUUGAAUCGUUCACCAAGAAAUCUUUCAGAGGAUUAUCGCAGUUAGAGAAAUUGAAACUUAACAACAACAGUAUCAAAGAGUCAGAAAUAUCUGUCGACGCCUUUUCAGAAUUGAAAAAACUGAAAUACCUGAAGUUAGACAGUUUCAUCCUUUGUUGUUAUGCCAAAAAGACACUUCCAGAACUUACUUGUGAGUCGACCACAUCAAAUAGUUUUUCCAGCUGUGAAGACAUGCUGAAAAGUCCAGUAAUUCGUGUUGGUAUAUGGAUACAAGGCAUUUUUGCGUCAUUUGGAAACCUAGCUGUCAUUAUUUGGUGGACAGUACUAGAUCGAAAGAAGUYUUCAAAAACAACGGGUCGUGCAAGAAAUAAGCCCAAUGUACAACCCCUACUUCUUAGACAUCUGGCUAUGGCUGACUUCCUGAUGGGAAUCUACCUUCUUUUCAUAGCAAUACAAGAUGCCUUGUGGAAAGGAGUUUACGUAGAUCAUGACGUUGAGUGGAGAUCGGGGAUUUCCUGUCAAAUAGCUGGAGCCRUKUCGACUCUCUCCAGCGAAGUUUCAGUCAUGAUGCUUGUUGUWAUGACAGCCGACCGUUUCAUUACAAUAGUGUUUGACUUCAGAGGCAAACGUCUCAAUGAA